AUGCGACGAAUUAUCAGACGUCAAUUGAGAGUGAGCGUGCGAGCCGACCGUGAAAUGUGGUGGACACAGAAAGCCAAAGAAAUGGAAGAGGCCCAAAAAGCCGGUAAUGUCCCAAAAUCAUUUCAGUUGAUCCGUGCGACCGGUCCCCAAAAACCAACUAACAGCCCUGGUAUAUCCGGAGCCAAGCCACUACUCAUAUUCUCCGGUGAGUGCUUUGAGGAAGAACGCAAGCAUGUCAUGCUGAAGUCCAUGUUGGCCGGAAUGCCCGUGGAACUCAACCUAGAAGAUUCGGGUCCUUGCGUCGAUUUUGAACUACGACGUGUGAACUUACCGUCAGAUGAGAAGUGGAAACGUGCUCACCGUGUGCCUCCGGAAACGAGAAUGGCCAAAAAGACGACUAAAAAUCGCCACAUCGACGUCUUUGGAAGUCGAAUCGGCCGGGUUCAUGUUGGCAAACCCGAAAAAUUAGAACAACUUCGCCCAGGCGCUUCUCUACGCACUGCGCUUACUGGGCAUCGGAAACGAGGCUUCGAACGCCGCGGACGUUCUUCGAAGGAGGGCAAGAAAAGUCAUGAAUCGGAGCCGGCGCCCAAACGCCGGAAGAUUCCAGCUUAAGGACGACUUUACUACAUAUGUAAAUACCAACAAAUACAGUCCGAUUGUUCUCGCAUUAUUCUACGUGUUUCAGUAGCGGAUGAGCAUAAGCAUGUUC